CAAGCAAUGGAGUUGACCAAAGACGCAUAUUCAUAUAGAGAGGAAGAGAAAAUGCCUAAGGAUUUCAGGUAUCGGAUUGACACUGAUGUAGAUAGAAAACCGGGAUUGUGGCCACCAAAGAAUAAGGCUGAUAAUCCAGCUCUUCAUAAUCCAUUGCUUAGACAAGAAAGGAUGGGUUGUGGAUGGUUAGCAGCUAUAUUUGAAUGGGAAGGUGUGUUAACUGAAGACAAUCCCGAUCUUGAGAAGCAGGCAUGGUUAGCUCUAUCUCAAGAAGAAGGAAAAUCAGCUCCUCCAGGUUUCAUCUUGAAAAGAAUUGAAGGAAUGAAGAAUGAGCAAGCAAUAUCGGAAGUUUUGUGCUGGUCAAGAGAUCCCGUUCAAGUGAGGAGAAUGGCUUCUCGGAAGGAGGAGAUCUAUCAAGCCUUGCAAGGGGGUAUUUAUAGCUUCCGACCUGGAUCACAGGAGUUUGUCAAUACCCUGAUGCACUACAAGGUGCCAAUGGCUUUAGUGUCUACACGGCCGAGAAAAUAUGUCGAGAAUGCAAUUGGUACCAUUGGCAUUGAAGGGAUUUUUAGUGUUAUUGUAGCUGCAGAGGAUGUUCAUAGAGGGAAGCCUGAUCCGGAGAUGUUUGUCUAUGCAUCGCAGCUUCUACAAUACAUACCGGAGAGGUGUAUAGUGUUUGGGAAUUCAAAUCAAACUGUGGAGGCUGCACAUGAUGCUCAGAUGAAGUGUGUUGCUGUUGCAAGCAAACAUCCGGUGUAUGAGCUUGGCGCUGCUGACUUGGUUGUUAGGCACCUUGACGAGCUCUCGAUUAUUGACCUAAAGAACCUUGCUGCUGUUGAGUUGUCUGAAUUUGGAUCUGCUGAACCGGAGUUGGAAAUGGAGGAAGAGGAUGAUCCUUAUCCUCCAUCCGCUGUGGCCGUUGAUGAUGGUUUCUGGUAACAUCUCUGCAAUGUACAGUAGUUGUGCUUAAUAGUACAUUCAAAUAGGAUAUAGAAAAAUGUAAACUAAUAUGCAAGUGUAUCAAAAGGUGGUCUACAUUGGGCUGCCAUUUAUGUGACUUUGUAUGUGAUAUUUGUAUUAUAUGUAUAUCGUGACAGUCGCUACUUGCUUUUAGAUUCUGAGAUAUAACUUGUAGUGUUUUAAAAGGUUGGGACAGAAAUAAUAAUGAGAAUAAGGUGCAUAUGAA